CAACCUACCAGCGACAAGCUUGGCGACGAUAAGUUCGGCUGACCCAUCAUCAGGAGGAAAGCAGACUGGAGACAGAAAGUCAGUAUUGCUCUAUUCAAGGCUGCGCGUGCGUUUCCCCUGUUUUACAGCAGAGUCAUAAACAGCCCCGUUCACCUCAGCCCCAGUGCUAAAAUAGCGUCAUUGUUCAGGAUGCCCCAGACAAACAAGUUCAAAUGUGCUGCAGCCAGCAGUCCGGCUCAAUCUGCUGGUCCUGACCGUGGGGAACCAGUCAGAGACCCCAACGCACCUCCAGGGGACAGUGGUGGAGAUGAAAACCAGGGAGACCCUCAGAUUAUCAAAUCACCCAGUGACCCCAAACAAUACAGAUAUAUUGAGCUGAGUAAUGGACUGAGGGCUCUGCUCAUCUCUGAUCUGAGCGGUUUAGAUGGGAAAGCUGAAGAUGAGGAUGAUGAAGAUUCUGAAGAGGAGGAGGCGGAAGAGGAGGCAGAGGGAGAGGAAGAAGAGGGAGACUCGGGGGAAGGAACGGAUGAGGAAUCUGAAGAGGAAGGAGACAGUCAGGAUAGCGAUUUUGAGGAGCUAGAUGAGGAAAGUGACCAGAAGAAGAAAAAAGGAUCUGAAAAACAGUCAGCGGCAGCCCUUUGUAUUGGGGUAGGGAGUUUCAGUGACCCUAAUGAUUUACCUGGCCUUGCACACUUCCUGGAGCACAUGGUAUUCAUGGGCAGCGAAAAGUACCCUUCUGAAAAUGGCUUUGAUGCAUUCCUAAAAAAGCACGGCGGCAGUGAUAACGCUUCCACUGAUUGUGAGAGAACCAUUUUCCAAUUUGACGUGCAGAGGAAACGCUUUAAAGAAGCCCUUGACAGAUGGGCUCAGUUUUUCAUAUGUCCUCUUAUGAUUGAAGAUGCCAUUGAUCGAGAGGUUGAGGCUGUGGACAGUGAAUAUCAGCUUGCCAAGCCGUCCGAUUCUCACCGUAAGGAAAUGCUCUUUGGCAGCCUCGCAAAGCCCGACCAUCCUAUGAGCAAAUUCUGUUGGGGAAAUGCACAGACCCUAAAGACCGAGCCUAAGGAGAAGAACAUCAAUGUUUACAAGAGACUCCGUGAGUUCUGGAAGAGGCACUACUCUGCCCACUAUAUGACCCUGGCAGUGCAGUCUAAAGAGAGUCUUGACACCCUUGAGGAAUGGGUUAGAGAAAUCUUUAGCCAGGUGCCCAACAAUGGGCAGCUGAAGCCUGAUUUUUCAGACAAGCUGAAUCCCUUUGAAACUCCUGCCUUCAACAAACUUUACAGAGUGGUGCCUGUUAGAAAAGUGCAUGCCCUCACUAUCACAUGGGCUCUACCACCUCAAGAAAAGCACUACAGGGUCAAACCUCUCCAUUACAUCGCUUGGCUGAUUGGCCACGAGGGAACUGGAAGUAUCCUGUCAAUGCUUAGAAGAAAGUGCUGGGCUUUGGCUUUGUUUGGUGGAAACAGCGAAACCGGUUUUGAUCAGAACACCACAUAUUCAAUUUUUAGUAUCUCCAUCACACUGACCGACGAGGGCUUCCAGAACUUCUAUGAGGUUGCUCAUCUCGUCUUCCAGUACUUGAAAAUGCUUCAGACUCUUGGGCCGCAACAGAGAAUAUAUGAAGAAAUUCAAAAGAUUGAGGCUAAUGAAUUUCACUAUCAGGAGCAGACUGAUCCUAUUGAGUAUGUGGAGGACAUUUGUGAAAACAUGCAGUUGUUCCCAAAAGAGGACUUCUUAACAGGAGACCAGUUAAUGUUCGAGUUCAAACCAGAGGUUAUCUCUGCUGCAUUGAACCUCCUCACACCAGAGAAGGCCAACUUGCUGCUUUUGUCCCCUGAGCAUGAAGGCCAGUGCCCUCUUAGGGAAAAGUGGUUUGGGACUCAGUACAGCACAGAGGACAUAGAGCAGCACUGGAGAGAGAUCUGGGCAAAAGAUUUCGAUUUAAAUCCCAGCCUUCACCUACCUGCUGAAAAUAAGUUCAUCGCCACUGAUUUUGCCCUCAAGACCUCUGACUGUCCGGACACCGAAUAUCCUGUCAGAAUAAUGAACAAUGACCGAGGAUGUCUGUGGUACAAGAAGGACAACAAGUUCAAGAUCCCCAAAGCAUACGUGCGGUUCCAUCUCAUAUCACCUGUGGUGCAGAAAUCUCCAAAAAACCUGGUGCUUUUUGACUUGUUUGUGAAUAUCCUGGUUCACAACUUGGCCGAGCCGGCCUAUGAGGCUGAUGUGGCGCAGCUAGAAUAUAAACUGGUGGCCGGUGAACAUGGCCUAGUCAUUAAGGUUAAGGGCUUCAAUCACAAACUACCGUUGCUGUUCAACCUGAUUGUGGAUUAUCUUGCCGAUUUCUCCGCCGCUCCUGAUGUAUUCAGCAUGUUUGCAGAGCAGCUGAAGAAAACCUACUUUAACAUCCUCAUCAAGCCGGAGAAGCUUGGAAAGGACGUGAGGCUGCUGAUUCUGGAGCACUCGCGCUGGUCCACCAUUCAGAAGUACCAGGCUGUGCUGGACGGGCUUAGUGUGGAUGAGCUAAUGGAGUUUGUGAGUGGCUUCAAGUCUGAGCUUUAUGCUGAAGGACUACUGCAGGGAAACGUCACUAGCACUGAAUCCAUGGGGUUUUUACAAUAUGUCACAGAAAAAUUGCAGUUCAAGAAGUUGUCAGUAGAGGUCCCUGUUCUCUUCAGGGUUGUGGAGCUCCCUCAGAAACAUCACCUCUGCAAAGUCAAGUCUCUCAAUAAGGGGGAUGCAAACUCUGAGGUCACUGUGUAUUAUCAGUCUGGUCCUAAGAACCUGCGUGAACACACUCUGAUGGAGCUGCUUGUGAUGCACAUGGAGGAGCCGUGUUUUGACUUCCUCCGGACCAAAGAGACUCUGGGAUAUCACGUCUACCCAACCUGUAGAAACACAUCAGGUGUUCUUGGAUUCUCCGUAACAGUGGAAACACAGGCCACCAAGUUCAACACUGAACUAGUGGAGACAAAAAUUGAGGAAUUUCUGGUAAGCUUUGGAGAGAAGAUGAACAGCCUGAGCGAUGACGCCUUCAGGACACAGGUGACCGCUCUGGUCAAGCUGAAGGGCUGUGAAGACACUCAUCUGGGCGAGGAGGUGGACAGGAACUGGACAGAGGUGGUCACGCAGCAGUACGUCUUCGACAGACUGAGCAGAGAGAUUGAUGCGCUGAAGCUCAUGACCAAGGCUGAGCUGGUGAACUGGUUUAUGGAGCAUCGGGGUGAAGGCAACAGGAAGCUGAGUGUACAUGUUGUUGGCUACGGAGUAGAAGAAAACGACCCUCCCAAUGAUCCACAUCCUGGAGAAGAAGAAGAGGCCAGCAAGAUGUCAUUAUAUGGAGAAGUUUCCAAACUCACCUUCCUUCAAGCUUCCAAUCUCCUGGCCUCCGUCAGCACCAUAACAGACAUCCGGGCCUUCACCCAAACCCUCAACCUCUUUCCUUACCACAAGAUUCUCAAAUAAACCAACCACCAACCCCAGUAUCUCCAUCAUCCAUCCUCUCCUACUGUCAUACUUGAGCAAAGGAUGAGCUUCAGCUGUAUGUGUGUGUUUGCGUAUGUGUGUGUGUGCAUGAAUGGGGCUAAACAUGGGGAUGGAUGCAGGUCUUUAGAACAUAAACAUGACUUAAAGUACUCAGAAUUGUGUGUAUUUUAUCAAUAUAUCUGCAGUGUUAUGUUUGUACUCAAAUAUUUCUAAUGUUAUGACACUGCUGAAAAAUAUUUGAAUGAAAUCGCUGGACUGCUUUUAAUGUAGGCGGUUGAGGAUUCGUAAGCAUGCGAGAGCAAUUUGAUGAUGCUUCUUUUAUACUGCUCUACAGCAUCACUCUGCAUUUGGCACAACUUCAAACUGUAAAAACGAGGGACGGCUAAUAUCACUGCUUGAAUUCAGAGUGUGCAAAUAUAUUUAUUAAAAGCAUCGUAAAACUACUAAUGGACUGUUUGCAUUUUAGUAUUUUCAUUUCUGUUAUGAAUCACUUUUGUGUGUGUGGUCAGUUAAAAUAAUGAAAGCAUUUCAUCAUUUUGGUAUGGUUUUGUUUAAUUUAUUUAUUCUUUAUAUUCUUUUUGAAGGGCAUUUGAAAGUGGGAUGGAUUAAAAUUGGUAUGUUAAUAAAUUACUUUAUUAAAUGAAA